GUUUGGUCAUCCAUCGACGUUGAACUUCACACUGUCACAUCUGCGGUUCUUGUGCGGCAGAGUGCAGUUCAACUUCUCAACUUCUCGUGUACCUGCGUAACUCAUUCUGAAAUCUUCGUCCUACUUUUUCUGGCGUGAACCUUUCCUGUCCCUUCCACCAGCACUAUCACAACAGAAAUGAGCAGCUACGGACGAGGCGGUGGCGGUGGUCAUCGAGGCGGGCGAGGCGGUGGGCAAGGCGAUUUCCGAGGAGGAGGCGGGCGUGGCGACUUCCGAGGCGGUCGAGGUGGAGACAGAGGAGGGGGCGAUAGAGGUCGCGGACCAAGCCCAGGCAGAGGCAGAGGUUAUGCUCCACGAGAACAAGGAGGGGUGUUUGUUCCUCCGGGAAACCCUCCAGCUCAACUGGAUGCUCGUAUUAAGGACGAUUUAGACCUCGAUCUCGUUGGGAAGUUGAAUAGCUUACGAAUCUCUGGCUCUGAAAAUUUGCCCUUGCGUCCUGGCCAUGGAAAGAUUGGGACACCUAUCAAACUCCGGACGAACUAUUUUCCUGUAAAGGUUCCCAAGGCCAACUUCUUCGAGUACGACGUUGCUAUAUCUCCUACUAGGGGGACUGCCAACCGCCGAGUCAAGAGACGGAUUUUUCAGCUCGCAGAACAAACCCCCGAUUGGGCGAGUGGCGGUCUACGAGGCACCGUCGCUCACGAUCAUUCGGCGAAGAUUAUAGCGGCGAGGCUAUUAACGCAGCCUUUGACAGUACACGUGCCAUGGGUUGAAGAAGACGGACGAACGACAGCCAAUCAGCAAUACGUGCUGACUAUCAAUUAUGUACAGGCUAUAGACACAACGACACUUAUUCGAUAUUGCCAAGCGGACCCCAACUACAAAGACGAAGACGUCCUUCCAAUCAUAUCCGCUUUAAACUUGAUCCUGGCUGCCUAUCCAAGUAGUAGUCGCGAAGGCGUAAUGGUUGGAAGGAACCGGUUCUUCUUCCCAAGAGAUACACAAGCGACCCCUCUGGGAGGCGGCUUGGAGGCGUUCCGGGGCUUCUAUUCGUCAGUGCGACCUACAUUGAAUCAGUUGAUGGUUAAUGUCAAUGUCUGCACUACUGCGUUUUAUACAGCAGGAAACUUGGCAGAGAAAAUGAUAGAAUUUUCCGAUGCAAGUUUCGGUGCCCGGAUGAGCGCUUUCGUCAAGGGUGUGAGGGUAAAGACUAGACACCUUGGGUACACAAAGACGGUGAAGGGUGCGAGUAGUAAGACUCCUUCGCAGCACCAGUUCGAUUGUCAAGAAUUAGGGGGUCGAGUUAGCGUUGAAACUUAUUUCCUGCGAAAGUAUAACAUCAAGUUGAGAUAUCCAACCUUGCCAUUAGUCGAUGUCGGGGGGCAGAAAUCAAAUUUGCUUCCGCCCGAAGUGUGCGAAAUCCUCCCGAACCAACCUUUCAAAGGCAAGCUGUUAGAAGAACAGACUGCGUCGAUGAUCACGGUUGCAGCCAAACCUCCAAAUGUCAACGGCACUGCUAUAGUUGGAAAAGGUCUCGAUCUUCUUGGGUACCAUGGAGGACCGGAUAAACCAGUGAUGAAUGCCUUUAAUAUUAGCAUUGGUUCACAGAUGGCAGUCGUUCCAGGUCGGAUACUCCCUCCUCCUGGGAUUCAAUAUGGACAAGGGAAACCACAGGUGGAUGAUCGGGCUAGCUGGAAUUUGCGAAAUGUGAAAUUCUUCAAGGGAGCCACCCUCACCAAUUGGGCAGUUCUUCUUAUUCGAGAUGGAAACGGACGUGAUGAGUUCCAGGGUACCGCCGACCCAAGCCUCAAGCAGACGAUCGAUGGUUUUGCCGGCAUGUGCAAAACUUCCGGAAUGAAGGUCCCGGACAUGCCGUUCGCCUUACUGGAGGCCCAUCUUCCUCGCAAAGACCCUAGGGAUCCCAUAAGAGGACUCGCAAUAGGCGCAAUAAGAACCGCGAUCAUGUCUUUGAAAAAGAGACCAUCCUUCUUACUGGUCAUUCUGUCGAACGGCGAUAAAAAUAUCUACUCUGGACUGAAGCACCUAUGCGACUCGCACUUGGAUGUCCCGACUGUUUGUGUACAUUCUGCGAAAAUUCGCAAGGAAAAGGGCCAGCCACAGUAUUUCGCCAACGUUGCCCUCAAGGUGAACAUGAAACUCGGCGGUGUCAACCAUGCUCUAGAUCCGAGAAGCAUGAGUUGGCUCAAACAGGCACCGACUAUGCUUGUAGGUAUCGAUGUAACACAUCCUUCACCUGGAAGCGUUAAAGGAACGCCUUCUAUCGCUGCCGUUGUUGCGAGCGUAGAUGCUAACUUUGCCCAAUUCCCUGCCAGUAUGGAAUUGCAAGAAACUCGGAAAGAGAUGGUCACGAAUCUUGCUCAAAUGAUGGAGGCACGUUUGAAGCUUUUCAGGGCAAAGAAUGACAACAAGCUUCCCGAGCGUGUUUUGGUAUACCGAGAUGGUGUCUCCGAGGUACAGGAACACUAUGGCCUGUAUUACUGAUGCUGACAACUUGGUCGUUUUAGGGCCAGUUCAGCAUUGUCGUAAAUGAGGAACUUCCUGCGAUUCGUGCCGCCUUCAAGAAAUUCAGUACUCGGGGGCCAUACCCAAAGUUGACGAUCGUCAUCUGUGGAAAGCGUCAUCACACCAGAUUCUAUCCUACCGAAGCUCAACAGGCUGAUAAGGAUGGCAACCCUAAAGCGGGUACUGUCGUCGACCGAGGAGUUACGGCUGUCUAUAAUUUUGACUUCUUCCUUCAAGCCCACGGUGGAUUGCAAGGAACCACCAAGCCGACUCAUUACUAUGUUGUCCACGACGAGAUGAAUUUUACUGCAGACGAAUUACAGCAACUGACGAACGCUGUCAGCUAUAUGUUUGCUCGGGCCACAAAGGCAGUGAGCCUGGCUUCUCCGGCUUAUUACGCUGAUUUGGCUUGCGAACGUGGUCGUUGUUAUAUUCACAAACUGUUGCAAGGUGGAACCAGUGUGAAUACGAGCGCAACUGGUGCUGAACAGGCUGUAAUGAACGAGGCUGUUCAGUCGUGGCAUGGCGGGCCUGGAUCACAGUUGAAGGACACUAUGUACUACCUUUGAAGAUGAUGCGGUUUCAUUAUACUUCUUUUUUUUUUCCCUGUGUUUUGUUUUGUGGAUCGCUUUCAUUGUAUGCCUGUAUUGUACUAGCUGUGUAUUCUUAUCACUAAUGUGAGCUUGAUUUUGAGGCUCCCUCCAUGCCUUGGGCCUUGG